GGUCGCCCCGGGGGUCGCCCGCCUUGCCCCUCGCCCCCCGGCCGUCCCCCCAGACAUGCCCCGCCGUGGCGGCCCGGCUCGCCGAGGAUCAUGACUGCGGCAGCGAACUGGGUGGCGAACGGGGCCAGCCUGGAGGACUGUCACUCCAACCUCUUCUCGUUGGCCGAACUCACGGGCAUCAAAUGGCGUAGGUACAACUUUGAAGGCCAUGGGGACUGUGGGCCCAUCAUUUCAGCUCCAGCCCAGGAUGAUCCCAUCCUGCUCAGCUUCAUCCGCUGCCUGCAGGCCAACCUGCUGUGCGUGUGGCGCCGGGACGUCAAACCCGACUGCAAGGAGCUCUGGAUAUUCUGGUGGGGGGACGAGCCCAACCUGGUCGAUGUCAUCCACCGCGAGCUGCACAUGGUGGAAGAAGGAUUCUGGGAGAAUGGACUUUCCUAUGAGUGUAGGACCCUGCUCUUCAAAGCAAUUCAUAAUCUUCUGGAAAGAUGCCUGAUGGAUAAAAACUUCGUAAGAAUUGGGAAAUGGUUCAUACGGCCCUAUGACAAGGAUGAGAAGCCAGUUAAUAAAAGCGAGCACUUGUCGUGUGCCUUCACGUUCUUCCUGCACGGGGAGAGCAACGUGUGCACGAGCGUGGAGAUCGCCCAGCACCAGCCCAUCUACCUGAUCACCGAGGAGCACAUCCAGAUGGCCCAGAACUCCCCCUCGCCCUUCCAAGUGCUGGUGAGCCCUUACGGCCUGAACGGGACCCUGACGGGCCAGUCGUACAAGAUGUCAGACCCUGCCACUCGGAAGCUGAUGGAGGAGUGGCAGUACUUCUACCCCAUGGUGCUGAAGAAAAAGGAAGGCAUGAAAGAGGAGGAAGAGCUGGGAUAUGACAACGAUUUCCCUGUGGCAGUUGAAGUCAUUGUUGGGGGUGUGAGGAUGGUGUAUCCUUCAGCCUUUGUUCUCAUCUCCCAGAGUGACAUCCCAGUGUCACAGAGCUCUGCCAGUGCUGCAGGCCAUAUAAAUGUGGGACAGCAGGGGCUUGCAAGCGUGAAGGAUCCUGUCAGUACCUGUGGGAUGCCCCUGACUCCCCCCACCUCUCCAGAGCAGGCUGUUAUGGGAGAAAGUGGCUGCUCUCAGAGCAGCAUCAGCCACCCAGCUGUGCAGGAGGGGACAGUCAGUGUCCACAGUCCAAAGAAAUCAAGCAAGAUCACUCCCAAAUUUCACAACCGUAUUGUUCACCGUGUGUGGAAGGAAUGCAUCCUCAACAGGGCACAGUCCAAGAGGAAUCAAAUUACAGCUGCAGAUUUGGAGGAGGAAGUUCCUAACAAUAGUGUUUCAUGGGAUUUUGUGGAUCCAGUCCAAAGAGUCAGUUGUUCUUGUUCCAGGCACAAGGUGUUCAAGCAGCGCUGCGCCGGUGCCUCGGGCCGGCCCCCAACGCUGCCCCAGCCCGGCUUCCCUGUGGGGACGGCGGCGGCCUCGGCACUGCCCCCUCCUGCCUCCUCAAAGCACAAAACCACCGAGCGGCAGGACAAGGGAGAGAAACUGCAGAAAAGGCCCCUGAUGCCGUUCCACCAUCGGCCCUCGGUGACUGAAGAGCUCUGCAUGGAGCAGGAGGCGGCCGGGCAGAAGCUGGGCCUGGCCGGGAUGGAGGCCGCCCUGGAAGUCCCCAGUUCCAGGAAAUACGAGAAGCCGCUCUCGCUACCUACUAGAAAUGCAAGCAAGCAAAUGAAUAUGAAUCCUAUGGAUUCACCCCAUUCCCCCACUUCCCCUCUGCCUCCCACCCUGAGCCCCCAGCCCAGAGGUCAGGAGGCAGAGAACCUGGACCCCCCUUCCGUUCCUGUGAACCCAGCACUCUACGGCAGCGGGCUGGAGCUGCAGCCACUGCCCAGCUUAGAUGACAGGACAGUCGUGGUGGGACAGAGGUUACCUCUGAUGGCAGAGGUCAGUGAGACAGCCUUGUACUGUGGCAUAACUCAGAGCAACGAGGCCGUGGAUGUGUGGAGGACCUAUAGUGUCCCUUCGAGUGACGACCCUGAGUUCCGGCCGCCGGAGCUGCCGUGUGAGAGGUAUGAUGGCAGGAUGGAGAUCAACCCCGACAGCACUGCACUGAAAAGGCUCUUAGCACAACCUAAUAAACGGUUUAAAAUUUUGGAAGAGCAGAAACCAGUGCAGACCUUGAACUAUCUUGACCCCUUGCCUCUACUACAACCCCCUGGAGAAGGCUGGGGGGACACCAGUGAUCCUUACACCUUCGAAGAUGGAGACAUCAAGUACAGUUUCACUGUCAAUAAAAAAUGCAAACUUGGGGCUGAGAAAGAUCCUUUGAAAAAGAACAAGUCAGAAGAUGGGAUUGGUUCCAAGGAAAUCCCCCCAGUGGGCCAUUCCACACCAGUUCCUGAUGGAAAAGAUGCCAUGUCCAUUUUCAGUUCUGCUCCUAAGACUGACCCGCGGCAGGAGGGCGCUGCCGGCAGGGCCGGCUCCGGCAGCCUCACCCAGGUCACCGACCUGGCCCCGUCCCUGCACGACCUCGACAACAUCUUCGACAACUCCGACGAGGAUGAGCUUGGGGCCGUGUCCCCAGCCCUGCGCUCCUCCAAGCUGCCGGCAGCGGGCUCCGAGGAGCGGCCGGUGGGCAAGGACGGCCGGACCGCGGUUCCUUAUCCUCCCACUGUGGCAGAUCUCCAAAGGAUGUUCCCAACACCACCCUCUUUAGAACAGCACCCUGCCUUCUCCCCAGUGAUGAAUUACAAAGAUGGAAUAAGUUCAGAGACUGUGACUGCCUUGGGAAUGAUGGAGAGUCCUAUGGUUAACAUGGUUCCAACACAGCUGGCUGAGUUUAAAAUGGAGGUGGAGGAUGGAUUAGGUAGCCCUAAACCUGAAGAAAUUAAGGAUUUUUCGUAUGUGCACAAAGUUCCAUCAUUUCAACCUUUCGUGGGCUCUUCACUGUUUGCUCCACUGAAGAUCCUGCCCAGCCAGUGCCUCCUACCUCUGAAGAUUCCAGAUGCCUGCAUCUUCAGGCCUUCUUGGGCUGUCCCUCCAAAAAUUGAACAACUUCCAUUGCCACCUGCAGCCACUUUCAUCAGAGAUGGCUACAACAACGUGCCCAGCGUGGGCAGCCUGGCGGACCAGGACUACCUGCAGAUGAGCACGCCGCAGAUGAGCACGCCGGUGACGCUCAACAGCGCGGCCCCCGCCAGCAACAGCGGCGCAGGAGUGCUGCCGUCGCCGGCCACGCCGCGCUUCUCGGUGCCCACGCCGCGCACGCCGCGCACGCCCAGGACUCCCCGGGGCGGGGGCACCGCCAGCGGUCAGGGCUCCGUCAAGUACGACAGCACGGACCAGGGCUCCCCCGCCUCCACCCCCUCCACCACGCGGCCGCUCAACUCGGUGGAGCCGGGCACAGUGCAGCCCAUCCCGGAGGCGCACAGCCUGUACGUGACCCUCAUCCUCUCCGACUCCGUGCUCAACAUCUUCAAGGACAGGAACUUCGACAGCUGCUGCAUCUGCGCCUGCAACAUGAACAUCAAGGGCGCCGACGUGGGGCUCUACAUCCCCGACUCCUCCAACGAGGAUCAGUACCGCUGCACCUGCGGCUUCAGCGCCAUCAUGAACCGCAAGCUCGGCUACAACUCCGGGCUCUUCAUCGAGGACGAGCUGGAUAUUUUCGGCAAGACCUCGGACAUCGGCCAGGCUGCAGAAAGGCGACUGAUGAUCUGCCAGAGCAACUUGAUCUCGCAGAUGGGAGAGGGAGCCAGGAGGAGCCAGGAGCCUCCCAUGAGCCUCCUGCUGCUGCUGCAGAACCAGCACACGCAACCCUUCACCUCGCUGAGCUGCCUGGAUUACAUGGCCUCCAACAACCGCCAGACGCUGCCCUGUGUCAACCUGAGCUAUGACCGGCUGCAGGCUGACAGCAACGACUCCUGGGUGGAAUGUUUCAAUGCCCUGGAGCAGGGCAGGCAGUACGUGGACAACCCCACGGGAGGCAAGGUGGAUGAAGCCCUUGUCCGAAGUGCCACUGUCCAUUCCUGGCCUCACAGCAACGUGCUGGACAUCAGCAUGCUCUCCUCCCAGGACGUGGUGCGCAUGCUGCUCUCCCUGCAGCCCUUUCUCCAGGAUGCCAUCCAGAAGAAGAGGACAGGAAGGACCUGGGAGAACAUCCAGCACGUGCAGGGACCACUCACCUGGCAGCAAUUCCAUAAGAUGGCAGGACGGGGGACCUAUGGCUCUGAGGAAUCUCCUGAGCCUCUCCCGAUCCCGACGCUGCUGGUGGGCUAUGACAAGGACUUCCUGACAAUCUCUCCCUUCUCCCUGCCCUUCUGGGAGAGGCUCCUGCUGGACCCCUACGGGGGCCACCGGGAUGUCGCCUACAUCGUGGUGUGUCCGGAAAAUGAGGCCUUGCUCGACGGAGCCAAAACUUUCUUCAGGGACUUGAGUGCUGUAUACGAGAUGUGCAGACUUGGGCAGCACAAGCCCAUCUGCAAAGUGCUGCGGGACGGGAUCAUGCGGGUGGGCAAGAGCGUGGCGCAGAAGCUGACGGACGAGCUGGUGAGCGAGUGGUUCAGCCAGCCCUGGGGCUCCGAGGACUGUGACAAUCAUUCCAGGCUCAAGCUCUACGCGCAGGUCUGCCGCCAUCACCUCGCACCUUACUUGGCCACCCUGCAGCUGGACAGCAGCCUUCUGCUGCCCCCCAAGUACCAAACGCCGGCUCCGAGCCAGCCGCAGGCAGCUCCCGGGAGCUCGGGGCCCGCUCCCCCCAGCUCCUCCUCGUGUCUCUCGGCCGCCGCUGGGGCCCCUGCCACGGGCAGCUCCUUCAGCUCCACGCCCAGCGCGGGCACCACGAGCCUUCCGGCGGGCAGCGCGUCCUCCUCGGGCUCCUCGGUGCCGCAGCUGUCAGCGUCCUCUGCCACGCCCGGCGCCAGCCAGAUGGGCGCCUCCUCCACGCCGGGCUUCAGCGGCAAUGCCGGCUCGGGGCAGAGCAGCAGCGCCGCCGGAGGCUCCGCCGAGCGCUCGCAGGGCAGCGCGGGCCCCGGGGCGGACACCGAGCCGGGCCCCAACCUGCCACAGCAGCAGCAAGAGGGACAGGAGGGCACGUCGGAGCGGGAGCGGAUCGGGAUCCCCACGGAGCCGGACGCUGCCGACAGCAACGCCUACCCCCCUGCUGUGGUCAUCUACAUGGUGGACCCCUUCACCUACACUGCUGACGAGGAGUCUGCCUCCACCAACUUCUGGCUCCUGAGCCUCAUGAGAUGCUACACAGAAAUGUUGGACAACUUGCCUGAGAAUAUGAGGAAUUCUUUCAUUCUCCAGAUUGUGCCUUGCCAGUACAUGCUGCAGACAAUGAAGGAUGAACAGGUUUUCUACAUUCAGCACUUGAAGUCUCUGGCAUUCUCUGUGUACUGCCAGUGCAGGAGGCCCCUGCCCACACAGAUCCACAUCAAGUCCCUCACAGGCUUUGGGCCAGCUGCCAGCAUUGAGAUGACCCUCAAAAACCCUGAGAGGCCCAGCCCAAUCCAGCUGUACUCACCUCCUUUCAUCCUGGCCCCCAUCAAAGACAAGCAGACAGAGCUGGGAGAGACAUUUGGAGAGGCCAGUCAGAAAUACAACGUGCUCUUUGUGGGGUACUGCCUGUCCCACGACCAGCGCUGGCUCCUGGCGUCCUGCACCGACCUGCACGGGGAGCUGCUGGAGACCUGCAUUGUCAACAUCGACCUGCCCAGCAGGUCAAGGAGGAGCAAGCUGUCUGCCCGGAAGAUCGGGCUGCAGAAGCUGUGGGAGUGGUGCAUUGGCAUUGUCCAGAUGACAUCCCUGCCCUGGAGAGUCGUCAUCGGCCGCCUGGGCCGCCUGGGCCACGGGGAGCUGAAAGACUGGAGUAUCCUGCUCGGGGAGUGCUCCCUGCAGACAAUCAGCAAACAGCUGAAGGAGGUUUGCCGCAUGUGUGGCAUCUCUGCAGCAGAUUCCCCCUCCAUCCUCAGUGCCUGCCUCGUUGCCAUGGAGCCACAGGGAUCAUUCGUGGUGAUGCCAGACGCGGUGACGAUGGGCUCGGUGUUCGGGCGCAGCACGGCGCUGAACCUGCAGUCGUCCCAGCUCAACACCCCCCAGGACGCCUCCUGCACACACAUCCUGGUGUUCCCCACCUCUGCCACCAUCCAGGUGGCACCUGCAAAUUACCCCAACGAGGAUGGCUUCAGCCCCACCAACGAUGACAUGUUUGACCUCCCAUUCCCAGAUGACAUGGACAAUGACAUUAGAAUUUUGAUAACAGGGAAUCUUCACUCUUCACCAAAUUCCUCCCCAGUUCCUUCUCCUGGAUCACCAUCUGGCACUGGAGUGGGAUCUCACUACCAUCACAGCAGGAGCCAAGGUGAACGUCUCCUCUCCAGAGAAGCCCCCGAGGAGCUGAAGCAGCAGCCCCUGGCUCUGGGCUACUUUGUGUCGACUGCCAAAGCGGAGAACCUCCCGCAGUGGUUCUGGUCCUCCUGUCCUCAGGCACAGAACCAGUGUCCCCUCUUCCUGAAGGCCUCUCUCCAUCACCACAUCUCUGUAGCGCAGACAGACGAGCUUCUACCUGCCAGAAAUUCUCAGCGAGUUCCUCACCCCCUCGACUCUAAAACUACAUCAGAUGUCUUGAGGUUUGUGCUGGAGCAGUACAACGCCCUGUCCUGGCUCACGUGUAACCCGGCCACGCAGGACCGCAGCUCCUGCCUGCCUGUGCACUUCGUGGUGCUCACCCAGCUCUACAACGCCAUCAUGAACAUCCUGUAGGACACACAAGCACUUGUUCUUCUGGCUGCUUCUUCCCUCUGCCCGGGAACGUGCCACGACCUGCAAAGAGCUCCGUUUGCUUCUCUUCAGACCAGUCCUGUGCUGUGCUUCUGUUCCUCCAAAAGCACAUGUGAAUUCUGCAGUGUUCAAAACUAAACUACCCAUUAACAUCUCUGGCAGCUUCAGUCCAAAAUCUGGGAACAUCC